CCGCGGUCCAGGCCCCGCCCCCGGCGGCGGAGGCGUCUGUCGGCCAUGGCGGCGCGGGCUCGGGGCCGCGGCCCGGCCCCCCCGCUCUCGCUGCCGCUGGCCCUGGCGCUGUCACUAUCGCUAUCGCUGUCGCUGUCGCUGUCGCUGGGGUCGCCCCCUGCCGGGGCGGAGGCGUUCCUGGAGGCGGCGCCGCGCUGGGGCUGGCGGAACGUGUCGUGCCCGGUCUGUCACCUGCUCUUCGGGGCGCUGGACCUGGCGCUGCAGCUGGAGCCCAACGUGGCGCGCGUGGGGCGUGUGGCGGCCCGGCUGUGCCAGGACCUGCGGCUGGCGCGCCCCGAGAUCUGCCGGCAGGCCGUGCAGCUCUUCCAGCAGGACGUGGUGUCGGCCUGGGCCCGCUCGGUGCUGCGUCCCGGCGAGGCCUGCGGGCUGCUGCUGGGCCGGCGCUGCGGCCGCUGGGACAUCUUCGGCGCCUGGAACGUCUCCCUUCCUGCCACCCCCAAGCCGCCGGUGCAGCCCCCGGUGCCCCCGCCACCCGGCGCCCCCACCGCCCGCCUCCUUUUCCUCACCGACCUGCACUGGGACCGCCACUACGUGCCAGGCAGCGAGGCCGCCUGCCCCGACCCGCUCUGCUGCCGGGGCGCCAUCCGCCCCGGUCCCGGCGGCGCCGGCUUCUGGGGCGAGUACGGCAAGUGUGACUUGCCGCUGCACACCAUCGAGGCGCUGCUGGCCCAGCUCCCCGGCGCUGCCCCCUUCGCCGCCGCAUACUGGACGGGCGACAUCCCGGCGCACGAUGUCUGGCAGCAGAGCCGACAGGACCAGCUGCUGGCCCUGCGCACCGUCACCGGGCUGCUGCGCCGGCACCUGGGCUCCCUGCCCGUCUACCCGGCCGUGGGCAACCACGAGGCCACCCCCGUCAACGCCUUCCCCCCACCAUACGUGCAGGGCAACCAGUCCUCCGCCUGGCUGUACGACGCCAUGGCCCAGGCCUGGCAGGACUGGCUGCCCCCCUCGGCGCUGGAGACCCUCCGGGCCGCUGGUUUCUACACGGUGCAGGUCUGGCCUGGGCUGCGCCUCGUCUCCCUCAACAUGAACUUCUGCUCCCAGGCCAACUUCUGGCUCCUCAUCAACUCCACCGACCCCGCGGGGCAGCUGCAGUGGCUGGUGGGGGUCCUGGCAGCUGCCGAGCAGGCGGGGGAGAAGGUGCACAUCAUCGGGCACAUCCCCCCGGCCCACUGCCUGCGCAGCUGGAGCUGGAACUACUACCGCAUCAUCAGCAGGUUUGAGGGCACAAUCGCGGCUCAGUUCUUUGGGCACACGCAUGUGGACGAGUUCGAGAUGUUCUACGAUGAGGAGACGCUGACGCGCCCCGUCUCCGUCGCCUUUGUGGCCCCCAGCGUCACCACCUACAUCAACCUCAACCCCGGCUACCGUGUGUACGAGGUGGACGGCGCCUACCCUGGCAGCUCCCACGCCGUGCUGGACCACGAGACCUUCAUCCUCAACCUCACUGAGGCCAAUGCGCCGGGGGCAGAGCCGCACUGGCAGCACCUCUACCGCGCCCGCGAGGCCUACGGGCUGCCCAGCGCCUUCCCGGCUGACUGGGACCAGCUCAUCCGCCGCUUCCAGGACGACGAGCGCCUCUUCCAGCGCUUCUGGUUCCUCUUCCACAAGGGCCACCCGCCCCGCGAGCCCUGCCUGGCUGCCUGCAAGGCAGCACUGCUCUGCGCCCUCCGCACCGGCCGCUCCGCCGACCCCAGCCUCUGCCAGCCCCUGCGCCCGGCGCUGCCCUUCCCGCGCAUCCAGGCGCUCUGGCAGCAGCGGCGGCUCUGCUGAGGGCAGCGGGAUCGGCCAGGACAGGCGGGGGCUGAGGCAGGUCCCUGCCCAUCCCUGAGCUCCCGCCGGCCGCCGCCACCACCCGCGGCACAAUAAAGGUGUGAUGGACCCAGUG